AGGAAGUUAAUGCAUUACGGAAUUGUACUGAGGCGUGUUCUCUAUAUAAUCCAGCAAUAUCCGUCGUCAAUAGAAUAAUGAAGUUGGAUCAGUUAUUAGCGGAACAGACUUGUACACUUGACUCCAAGUAAUGUAGGAGAACAUUUUCAAUUUGCCUUUAUCAGUUAAUGAAAAACUGAAAUGGUUUCUAAAAUGACUAUUUUGCGUCAUCGUUGGAUUAUACUCGGUUUACUCGUCUUUUCUAGAGGGAGUUCAGGUUUCGACAAUUGUGGAAAGAAAGAUAGCAACAACUGGGUCACGAAUAGGGGCAACAGUUACAAAGUGUUCUCUGACAAAAAGAACUUGUCAGAGGCUGAAAAUACAUGUUUGAGACAUAAUGGCCACCUGACAAGUGUCACAGAUGCAGAGGAGUUUCACUUUCUGCAAUGUAUCACAAAUGAAGCGAAAAAAAUUCCAGUAUUGUUGGGGAUUACAAAGAAUGCCUCGGUGGAAGUUGAAAAAUGGACUUGGAUAGGAAACCCUGACAAUAUUCUUAACAACACGGUGUUAGAGCCGUUCUGGACGAUUUACAAAAGUCACCAAGAAGGAGAUUGUGUGGAAAUGACAGUCAACGGGCAGGGAUUCCAUAUGGCAAAAACAAAAUGUGGGGAGAGAAUUCAAUUUAUCUGCAAGGUAACUCCUAUGAUCAGGAUGGAAGAUAAUGGUAGCAUUUCAUCACCCGGCGACCUGUUGGAUGUCAUGGACAACAUGCCAGAAAUAAAAGCAGGAAAUAUUUCAAAUUCAGAUUUAACCAAAAUAGGCUCCAUUUUGAUAGGUUAUGUGGAUAUAAUGAAGGAGUUUAAAAACGUCUCCAAAGAGCAAAUGGUUAAGUUUGCAACGACAACCUUGGAGAUUGUAAGUGACCUGUUUGACCCAGGGAACGCAAUGGCCUGGAGCAAUAAUGAUGAUCUAAGUGAAUCCACAAAUCUUGUAGCAAACUUGGUGAAAACUGUUGAUGAUACUGGUUCUCUGCUGGCCCUCAAAGUUGACGAAGCCCUUGAGAUCGAUACGGCUGAAAUAAUAAUGAAGGUUAAGAAAGUUAAACCUGAUAGCAAAAGACAAAGGAGAGAUGUUGAAUUUGUGAAUAAAAGAAAUGAAAGUAUAUCACUCCCAAAUGAGGUGUUCGACGCCCGUUAUGGGGAAAUAGGCGUGGUAAACUUUGAGGCAAGGGAUAUAGGAGAUAUAUUGGGUGUGAAUGAAGAAGGUGCGUCUGUCGGAAGUGUGGUGAAGGGUAUGUCGGUGUUUGAUGGAGCUGGGAAUGCUAUUGUAGUCAAUACAACCGAACCAAUAGUGAUCAUAUUCAGUCACUCAAGACCACUUGGAAAAGAGGAGGAACCAGUUUGUGGCUUUCUAGUCUAUGAUGAUAAAGGCAAGAGUUCAUGGUCGUCAUCUGGAUGCAGAGCACACAGCUCAAGUGUCAGCUCCACAACGUGCCAUUGUAAUCACCUAACUAGCUUUGCCAUCCUUAUGCAGACAUCAGAUGUCAAAAUGAGUAAAAUGGAUGAUACUGCCUUGAGUAUUAUCACGUAUGUAGGAUGUGCGGUAUCCCUCCUGUCAUUGCUCCUCACAGUGGCACUUUAUUUUAUAUUCAGAUUGUACAGGUCAGACAGGGCCUUCAUUUUGUUGAAUCUGGCCGCUGCUCUUAUAGUGUCUCAGACUGUGUUCAUAGUUGGGGCGGAUGCUACCCACAAUAAGGUAGCUUGUUUUGUUGUUGCGAUAUUACUUCACUAUUCAUUCCUGGCAUGUUUCUUCUGGAUGUUGAACCAAGGCCUGUUCCUUUACAUCAAGUUACGCACUAGGAGUGCGGCAAGUCGUUUACGCAUGAGUCACUUCUCUGCAACUGGUUGGUUUCCCCCAGCGAUUAUAGUAGGAAUAUCAGUGGCUGUUAGGCAUGAAUCGUACAUCAGCGAUGUACAUUGCUGGCUAUCGGAUCGAUUCUAUCUGCGACUCUCCUUCAUCAUACCAGCGCUGGCUGUUGUUCUGGUUAAUUGUGUCGUUCUUGGAUUUGUCAUAAAGACCUUUCUGUCUGUGAAGAGAAAUGCAGAAAAGAAUCUGGUUGAUAAAGUCAGGGCUGGUAUACGUACAAGCGUUGUCUUGCUGCCAGUAAUGGGGAUGACAUGGGUGUUUGGGGCACUUGCUAUUCAGGAGGGAACAGUCGCAUUUCAGUACAUAUUCGCUAUUCUAAAUACGCUCCAGGGUUUCUUCAUCUUUCUAUUCCACUGCAUGUUUAAUGAGGAGGUACGUGGGGCUUUGGUGAAGUCAUUUGGGAUACAAAAGAAGAAAAAGAGGUCGCAGGGUUCUGGGGGUGUAUUACUUCAUAUCAUUUCACUUAUUGCUACACAUCAUGAUGAUGGAGUAUUGCUACACAUCAUGAUGAUAGAGAGUAUUGUUACACAUGAUGAUGAUGGAGUAUUGCUACACAUCAUGAUGAUGGAGAGUAUUGCUACACAUCAUGAUGAUGGAGUAUUGCUACACAUCAUGAUGAUGGAGAGUAUUGCUACACAUCGUGAUGAUGGAGUAUUGCUACAUUUCAUGAUGAUGGAGUAUUGCUACACAUCAUGA